AUUGGGGCCCAGUAGUGCAGCGCCAGAAGAGUGCCAAAAGAGUGUAGCCACUACUAGAAGAGUGUAGCUGCCACAGCUAGAAGAGUGUAGCCGCCACCUCCAGAAAUACAAUACCCAACGGCCUGGCUGGAAGUGUCACAGUACAAUGAGCAACCACCACGGCAUACGACGGCUCCCAGUUGAGCUCUUGGAGCGCAUCUUCGAUAUCCUUCUGGCCAACUUCGUAUACCAAAAGCUCAUCGAUCCGUACCCUUGUGGGCUGUGGAACGAGAUCCAACAAUUGGCCUACAGGUGGAUAUUUUCCAACCCGUUCUUGGUCCGCAACUACCAUAAAACAAGAGGCUUUGACCACUCGAAACUCUACUACCAAAAGAGCGACGUGGACAACGCCUUCUUGGUGCAGGGUUUCGACCUCGCUUACCGGCUCUUGCGCCAGUUGACCUCUUACAACCUCGAAACCGCCAACCACGUCUUCCCUCGCGAGAUGGGCAUGCUCUUUCGAUUUACGGACGAUCCCGGUCUAGUUGACGAAAUCACUAGCUUUGCCAAAGUGCUAGAGCUCUUGUCGUUCGACCAUUACCAAGACAGUGUCACUCCAAAAAUAUGCUUCCAAUUGGUGUACGAUAUCACCAUGACUCCUGAGUUGAUGCUCCUCAAUCUGAAGCUAGUCCAAAGGAUUGAGGCCCUUGGUGACAAGACUCAGAAAUUGCUCAGCGUCAACAGGUUUAACUCACAAAGCCAGGCAAACAAUCUCCAUCCUUUCCAUGCUUCUAUGUCCGAGAACCUCGAGGAGUUAUACUUGUGGAAUAAUUCCAUAACUGACUACUCCAUUAAGCAAUAUCUUCGCACGUCACCCCCAGUACUAAAGGUCUUAGAUCUCACAGCAAAUACAAUCAUGUCCUUGAAAGAAUUGGUGCUCCCUCCGUCGUUAGAAAAGUUUCUGGUUGGUGCCAAUAAUCUAAAAAGCCUCGAAGGCCCCAAUUAUCAUGAGUGCACAAAGUUGCACACGAUAGAUGCUUCCAUCAAUACCAUUUCAAGCCUUCAAAAUAUCAAAUUUCCCCUUGCUCUCAGGACGCUUCGAAUUUCGUACAACGAAGUGUUCAGAAUUGAUCAAGAGCAGAUACCCACAAACAUCGAGGUAUUGGAGCUCUCGAGAAACUUGAUCAAAUACUUCGACGAUUACUUUGUAUUGCCAUCUACAGUGCGAGAAUUGCAUCUCAAUGCUAAUGGACUUUACUCGUUUCCAAAUGACUUUUUUGCGUUGACAACCCAGUUACGGAUUUUGGAUAUAUCAGACAAUAAGAUUGAUGAUUUAGAUGAGCUAGGAGAGUUACCCAUGUCAAUCCAAGAGCUUACAUUGGACAACAACGAGAUUGAUUACAGUAAUUAUUCCAACAUUCUCACCCCAAACCUAAAAAAACUUUCCAUGAACUCGACCGGUUUGGUUGAGGUUUCAGACCUCGAGUUUCCCAGCAAAUUGGAGAUCUUAAACCUUGCAAACAACGAAAUUAGCAUAUUUAAGCAUCUUCAAUUCACCAGCGAACUUAAGAGAUUGGAUCUCAGUGAAAAUAAAUUGACCACAUUCAAUCUUCCUCAAGAUAAUAUAAACAUACCACCAAGUCUUGAAUAUCUUGACUUGAGUCACAACCCCUUUGGUAAUUUUGAGAGCAUGAAACUACCCCCAAAAUUGACCAACUUGCUCCUCAAAGACAUUGCAUUGGGUCAACUCACUAAUGAACUCAUAUCGAAACUACCAGAUACGUUACAGGAACUUCGAUUAGACCAUACUGCCUGGCUGCACGACAAGUCCGAAAACCCUAGUCUGUUAGAUUUAUCGCUCGAUUUCAGAUCUCUACUACCAUGCCUUCGUACACUUUCCUUGACGAAAAAUAAGAUUACCCUGAUCAAAGAUACUACAUAUCCCAGCAGCUUAUCAUUUCUAUCCUAUGAACACAAUAAUAUCACCAAGAUUGAGCUUGAUAAUGUUCCAACUGGUAUAAAACAUUUGCAACUCAAUGACAAUUGGUUUCAUUUCCAGGAGCGCGUCGAAGUAAGUAAGUUGCCGUACUUCCCAUAUAUUUCCUACUUCGGGUUAUGCGGUAAUCAAACUGAGCUAAUGAGACUGGGAAUUAUGUACAAAUGA